UGUCUACUUAACAUAGAAGAUCUAAUGUCGUCCAUUGUUAGAUUGCCAACGUAAAUAAUUACAGACUGUAAGAAAUAAAGAUAUACACAUGUCUUCAUUUAAUCACUUUAAAACAGGAUAAAAAGAAGUGAACUCAGGAGUAUAGAAUCUGGGAACUUACACGCGCGGAACUUAACGAGACAGGCUAAAAGUGAAAUUUUGGACAAACGUUUGUAUAGUUAAUAUGUAUUAAAAAGCCGUUGCUGCAAAAGCAAAUCUAGACAAAAAUGAUCCAGUUAAAGAAAGUAAUUAAUCAAAAGCAGGAAUUCCAUUCUCAAGGGAAAACCUCUACAGGGACCAAUGCGCGUUCAGUUCAUACAGAGGAGGCUACAUUGUUCUGUUUCCUAUGUGAGCAGUAUCUAGAUACACCUAAAGAGCUCCCGUGCAAGCACACAUUCUGCAGAUCAUGUCUUCAACAGUUUUGUCUAAGCAACGCAACAGAUACCGGAUUUCCGUGCCCGAGGUGUCGAGCCCAGGUUAAAGUGAAAGACCCGACCCAACCACUGAUAGAAUGGGCAGACACUAUACCAACAAAUUAUCAACUUGACAAACGACUUGAGAAAAUUAGAGUUCUAGAAAUGGAGAAGAAGAAAGAGAAAUGCGCUUUUUGCUUGUCCAAGUGGAAAGCAACCACAGCAACAAAAUAUUGCAAAUCUUGUCAAGAGUACUUCUGUACGGAGUGCGGGAAUCAUCACUGGUUGCUCAGAAGGUCUAAAGAACAUAGAGUGUGGCUGAUAGAAGAUUUAGUCACCCUUAAGACGGACUCAUUUCUGCGUUCAGGUCUUACAACCGUUUUCAACGCGAGUGUAAGAGGCAAACACAUCACAGAGGGAGGGAAUAAAAAGAAAUAUGACAAUACUGUCGACACGAUUAACAUCGAAAUAACUGGAGCCACGUUUUUACCUAAUGGUUCCAUAGUCCUAGCUGAUAAGGCCAACGAGAAACUUGAGCUCUUUGAUGACCACUUCCGGUUUGUCGUUGCUUAUAAAUGUCCAUGUCACGAUGUUCUUGCAUUCAAUAACUAUUUCAUCGUAGUCACGUGUCCAUUAGAAAACUGUUUGAAGAUGUUGAGUAUUUAUGAUAGGGAAAUAGAACAUGACAAAACAAUUGAUUUGGGUGCUGAAUGUUAUGGCCUUUGCUAUAUUGAUGAUGAGUGUAAUACUAAUAACUUUGCUGUGACGGUGUCCACACGACCAGUCCAAAUUUUACAAUAUUCCGGACUGCGACGAACAGAUAAAAUUGAAAUCGCCCAAGGAUCUAUCUCAAUGCUAAGCCCGGUAUAUAUCACUUUUUCUAAAUUAAAGCAGCUGUUCUUUGUCUCUGAUAAAAUUCACCAGUGUCUGAAAUGCAUCACAACAGAAGGAGAAAUUGUUUGGGAGAAGCGUAUAACAGAUUGCAGAGGACUGACUAUAUUUGAGGAGAAUGUCCUUCUGGCGCGAAAUGAUCGCAAAACAGUGGACUUGAUAAAUUCGUCUGGUCAAAUUAUAAAAUCCGUCAUACCGUUUGAAGAUGGCCUUUCUCAAGUCAAUACACUGUGUAGUGAUCACUGGAAUAUGGUUGGCAAUACGAAAAGAUUGCUUGCUUGCGACAAUACUGAACUGGUUCGUGUGUAUCUAACAGAAGAUCCUCUAAUGGACGAAGACAUUCGCAUCUAUAUGAAGAGACAAACAUCUAAACUAGCAGACGAUUCCGAUACUGACGAAUCGGAAGUCAAAUCAAGCGUCUGCAUACUUCUUUGAGAAAAUUGAACAAAACAGAACAACAGUUGACUUGAACUCACUCUAACAUAGAUACAUGAAUGUAAACAUGUCGGAAGAAUUUGAAAAUGAAUCACAGGCAGUACUUCAUUUGUCCAGUCAGUCGGAUCAGAUUUUUACUUAGAUUGUUGUGGAGUCAGAACUGUUGAUUAUAAAAAUAAUUUCAAUAAAUUUAUUUGAUGUAUAUAGUGAUAGAAAGGAGAUAAAUCAACGUUUCAAUUUUCAAGGAUGUGUGCAUUCAAAAUACAAUUGAUAAAAUAUACACGAGUGAGCGUGAUGAUAUAAUGAAAGAACAAUAUAUAAGAUAAAACAUUAUGAUAUCAGUUGACAUUAUAUUACUUAGUGACACAGUCUCGUCCGCCAUCACUAACUAAAAUAUGCAAAAAUAGAAAAAAGGUAGAAUGAUAACUAGAUAUAAAUUCAAAACAUUUUUGCGGAUCAUAAUAUUGUGACUACUGUGUAAUGUGGGCCGUUUAAGGUUAGUUAUGACGUAGAUUAAAACUCGUGUAAAAACUUACAUAACAGACACUAUUGAACUUGACUAGAAUAAUACAGUUUUUCGGAGUUUUGUUAAUUUUUGGUUAAUGUGCUAUUAUUAAUGAACGACUGGUUCCACUUAUCACGUCUUUGGUAUGACGAAGCCAGUGAUCAAACCCGCACUCGAAACGGAUGCUCUACCACUAGGCUACCGCUAAGCUAUGUAGAUAUCAUAAUAAUAAAACCAGCAAAAUAUU